AUGGCUCUUGACAUUGAACAUAAAGAAGAAAGAAGGAAACAGGCACCAAGCUUAAACUCCAUUCCUGAUGGUAUGAUUAUAGCAGAAGAUAGUGGCAGGACACAGUAUCAGCCUCAGGUUCGAAUCCUCCGCCGAGACACAAAAGGGCCUUGCUUUUCAUCCCAAAAUCUUACAAACAGUACAGAAACCACAAGUAAUUCAAAGUUGUCAAAACACAGCAAGUCACUGCAACAGAGAGAGGCAGAGUAUGCACAGGCACGGCUUAGGAUAUUUGGCUACCUGGCUCCAGAUGAUGAUGAUGAUGGUGACAGUGAAGCUUGCGAUGAGUCCCCCAUUGUUUAUGGCAGUAGUAUACAGAAUCAGAGCUCAGCACAGAUAAUCAAGCCAGACCCCACAUCGCCACAUAUAGCAGUUUUAAGACAGCCCAAAGGACCUGACGGAACAGCCGGUUUCACAAAGCCUCACCCCACCUAG